UUAUUUUCUUUCCUUCAUUUUAAGACUUUAUAUAGCUGUGAAAAAAAGACUCCAAUUCAGUCAAAGAUUAGAAAACCCUUUUCUCAUCUGAAUCCCUUUGACAAACCCAUUAUAUAUUCAUCACUAAUUGCUUAUUGGUUCUUCAUUUGCUGAGAAAGGAAAAAAAAUGAAGGAGAUAUGGACAACUCUAGCUUCAUUAAUGGGUGUUUUGGCGUUCUGUCAAAGUCUGCUCCAUUCUGUAUUUCCACCAGAAUUAAGAUUUGCAGCUUCAAAGUUCUUCAAUAAGUUUUUUCUCUGGUUUUCUCCAUACUGUUAUUAUGAUAUAACAGAAAUUGAUGGAGUGAAUACUAAUGAACUUUACAACGCUGUUCAGCUUUAUCUCAGCACAUACGCUUCAGUCACAGGGAACCGGUUGAGUCUCUCAAAAGCUCUGAAUGCAACUUCAUUAACAUUUGGGUUAUCAAGUAGUGGUUCAAUUAUUGAUAAUUUUAAUGGAAUUACAGUCUGGUGGGAACAUAUUGUAACACAGAGACAAUCUCAAUCGUUUUCAUGGCGUCCAUUACCAGAAGAGAAAAGAGGGUUUACUCUUAAAAUCAAGAAAAAGGAUAAGAGUUUGAUACUAGAUUCAUAUCUUGAUCAUAUUCUGAGUAAAGCUAAUGAAAUUAGAAGAAAGAAUCAAGAUCGUUUGUUGUAUACAAAUUCUGGCGGAGGAUCUGUUGACAGAGGGCAUCCAUGGGAAUCUGUGGCUUUUAAACAUCCUAGUACUUUUGAGACUUUAGCUAUGGAUCCUGUUAAGAAGUCUGAGAUUAUGGAUGAUCUUUUAAGCUUUGCAGAAGGUGAAUCUUUUUAUCAACAAACUGGGCGAGCUUGGAAAAGAGGGUACCUUCUAUAUGGCCCUCCUGGUACAGGAAAAUCAAGUAUGAUUGCUGCUAUGGCGAAUUUCUUAGGCUAUGAUAUCUAUGAUCUUGAAUUAACUGAAGUUAAUACCAAUUCGGAUCUCCGCACAUUAUUAAUGAAGACGACAUCGAAAUCCAUAAUUGUGAUUGAAGACAUAGAUUGUUCCAUCAAUCUCACCAACAGGAGCAAACCAGGAAGGAAAUCCCAAACUCCACUGGAAACAGAAAUUACAAAAGUAGCCGGGUCAAAUUCUAGUGCUGGUCCUGAUGGUGGGAGUUCCAUGACGCUUUCAGGUUUGUUAAAUUUCACUGAUGGGUUAUGGUCUUGUUGUGGGAGUGAAAGAAUAUUUAUCUUCACUACAAAUCACAUUGAGAAACUGGAUCCAGCAUUACUAAGAAGCGGAAGGAUGGAUAUGCACAUCCACAUGAGCUUUUGUUCAUUUGAAGCUUUGAAGGUUUUGCUGAAAAACUAUGUUGGAUUGGAUGAAAAAGACUUGUUGAAGAAUGAGUUUGUGAAAGGUAUGGAGCAAGUUAUUGAUGAUGCAGAGAUGACUCCAGCUGAUAUCAGUGAGAUUUUGAUAAAGAAUAGGCGUAAAAAAGAGAAAGCUUUGAAGGAGUUGUUGGAGAGUUUGGAAAGACAGCACAAUAAAAAGAAGAAGUUGAUAAGCGGAGGAGAGGCGGUCGGAUUCGUGAAAGAAGAGAAGAGCUCGUCGACGGAGGACGUAGUCGAAGAGGAGGAGGAGAAGAGGGAAUUAGAGAAACAAGUAGAAUACUGUGAGGAGUUAGAAAAUUGCACUAAAGAAGGACAUGAAAGUGAAGUUGAGGUAACGCAGAAAACAGGAGCUACUGAAGGGAUUUGAGAGGUUUUCUUCUUACUAGCUAUAUAUAUAAAAUAAGGGAAUGUGACAUCCAUGUUUGCAAUCAAGAGUUGAAACGUAGUUCAUUAACUUUCAAUUUAACACCAUCUAACGAGUUUCGAUUCUGUUUUAACGGAUGUUUGGCUAUUACGCGUAUGUCUUUUAAAUCAUAUAGUAGAAUCUGAAAUAA